CCUUAAACACGACAAAUGGCGCUCUCAGAUUUCAACUCUUCAACUUAACAUGGAAACAAACUGCGGGAAUAAACUGAAGAAGUGCUGCGUUCAAUGAAAGACGACGUCUCUGGGAAGCCAACUACUUUGGACAACUGCUCCAUUUGGACUCAAAAAUAGAUUUGAUUUGGGACAUUGAAUUCAUAUCUGUGGAAACACUGAGACUGUGAAGCCGAAGCCUUUGCUGUAAGUUCAUUCCACAGUUUGUCUUCUGAGGAACAUUUCGGAGCUCUCCAUGACAAUGCCGGUGGUCAAAGUGGAGAAGGAGUCUCAAGCAGACACGACGCUGCCUGGCUCGAAUCCUCCACCGCAGACAGAGGAGCAGCCCCGCGGCCGGAGGAGGAAGAGACCUCUUCAGCGGGGGAAGCCUCCCUACAGCUACAUUGCACUCAUCUCCAUGGCCAUAGCCAACUCCCCUGACCGCAAGCUGACUUUAGGGGGCAUUUACAAGUUCAUCACAGAGCGGUUCCCCUUCUACAGAGACAAUUCAAAGAAAUGGCAGAACUCCAUUCGCCACAACUUGACCCUCAAUGACUGUUUUAUCAAGAUUCCUCGAGAGCCAGGACGGCCCGGGAAGGGCAACUACUGGGCGCUGGAUCCUAAUGCAGAGGACAUGUUUGAGAGUGGGAGCUUCUUGAGACGCAGGAAGAGGUUCAAGCGCUGUGACUUGAGCACCUACGCCUCCUACGUGCACGAGACACCCGUUUUUUCUCCCGUCCAGAUCACCAGAGCGGCGACGUACCCCAACUCUGUCUACCCAAACAUGACGGUCAGCCCCAGCUACGGUCAGCAGCUGCCUUCUGGCUACUAUCCCUCCUCGUCGCCCCCGGGGUUCGGCCACAGCCAGAGCCGCAUGUUCAGCAUCAACAACAUCAUCGGACACCCGACGCCGGCCAGCAUGAUGGCGGCGCAGGGGCCGGAGGUGAUGCAGCAGCCCAGCCGGAGCUUCAGCCCCGAGGGGCUCACCGCCGGAUCCAGUCCCUGCGGCCUGGGCUCUCCAGGCUUCCAGAGUCAGCCCUGUGGCGGCGCGGUGCCGCCCCGCUCCACUGCACACCCGGGCUUCACCUACCCGAGCCCCAACGGCCAUCCGCACCACCACGCGCACCAGGCCCCGUACGGACAGGGUCACACUCAGGGCUACGCGGCGGCGGGUCGGAUCCACGCGUCAGCUCACGGGACAGUGGACGCAGUGGACCACUACGGCAGAGUCUCCCCCGUGCCCCUGGGCUCCUUCUCCCAGUAUAACAACGCAGUAGGUCCCAUCGCCAAUGCUGGGGGGUACCUGAGACACCCCACGUACCCCGGCAACAUGGACCGGUUCGUCCCCGCUAUCUAAGAAAGCAGAUCAGAGUGUCUGAAUACUUCUUUGCAUAAAAUGUCAGAGACUUAAGAGUGUCGAGUGAGCCAGACAUUUCUGCGCACAAACGUGAUUUCCCUUAAAGACAAAGCUUAACAGACUGACCUGUCUGGACACAACUGUGAUUUCCCACUUUCAUCCAAAACACCAAUUUCCUGUAAUUUACUUGUUUGAUAGAUACCAUGAGUUUGGAUUUAUUGUCAAAGUCUCUCCACAUGAGAGUGUAAACUUCUAAUUUUCUGUGUGGUCAUAAAUUCUGUUUGUUUGUUUUUUUAUUACUUGAAUGUGCAAGUUUAAUGUUUAUAGAGCUCUGCUGAGUUUAGACUUUGUAUAAAUUAUUGUGCUUUGUGGUUUUAGGUUUUUAAGUGGCUCGUAUGAAGAACAUCAGCUGUAAUUCAACUGUAUGUACUUUCUUGCCAAAUGAAAAUGCAUAUUUUGUUUGACUUUUGGUAAUAAAAAGUGAUAUAGCACUUUUGCUCUUCAAGAAUAAAUAUUUAAAUUAUU